AUGGAGGGGCUGGUGGCCAUCAGGGCCCGAUUGCUGCAGUGGGUGCUGACUGGGGGUGACACCACCAUGUCUGACCCCCUGUCCCCCUCCCCACAGCACGAAGGCGGCCGCAGCCUGCAGGAGGACACCAUGUCCCACGAGAAGAGUUUCCUGGUGACCAGCGACGGCUUCGGGGGCCAGCAGCCCCCGCCGGGACCCCCAGCCUACCCCCAGGCCCCCUACCCCGUGGCCCCUUACCCCCAGCCCCAGUUUGCCCCCACGCCUUACCCCCAGCCUGGCUUCACGCAGGCCCCGGGGCCGUACCCGCCACCGGGCCCGUACGCCCCUGCCGGCCCGUACCCCCCCGGGCCGUACCCCCCGCCCGGGCCCUACCCACAGGGCCCCUAUGCCCAGCCCCCCUAUGCCCAGCCCCAGCCCAUGGUCCCUGGCGACCAGGACUGUGAGCCUGAUGGGUUCCCCCCCUUUCCUCCCCAGUCCAUCCUGACUGUCAGCCUGUCCUACAUGGUGGGGAUGAUCGCCAGCUUCUAUGACACCGAGGCUGUCAUCAUGGCCGUGGGCAUCACCGUCGUGGUCUGCUUCACCAUCGUCAUCUUCUCCCUGCAGACCAAGUACGACUUCACCUCGUGCCGGGGUGUCCUCGUCAUCUGCCUCAUCGUGCUCCUGCUCUUCUCCAUCCUCUGCAUCUUCAUCCGGAACCGCAUCAUGGACAUCGUCUACGCCUCGCUGGGGGCGCUGCUCUUCACCUGC